GAUCGCCGCGCCUCCUAUCAGAAUAAAAAGAAAAGAAAACGGAUCUCUUCUUCCUUGUUUCUUUUUAUUCAAGUGUGUAAAAAGAAAUGGUUGUUCGAAACCAGGCCUAUUUAAACCUCGUUUUUAAUAACUAAUUGUUGCAAUAUUUAUAAGGUAGAUAUUGGAAGUGAAAAUCAAUCAAGUGUUGUGUUUUAGUCAAUAGUGAAAUGUGGUCGAUGACAGCGUGAAAACGAGUGAUACAUAUAAUCACAAGCGAACCAACCUCAUCACACACAAGAAAAGAGAGAAAAAUUUAAAUACAAAAAUUAUGUUAUUGUAAAUAAUUUGAAAUUUAAUCUACUGUGAUCUCUUAGGCGUCUCGAUAGGGUAUUUUUACACACCACAUGUAACAAGGUUGUUAGUGAAUUUUUUUAAUUUUCGUAUUUAUGAUACGGUGAGAAAGAGACAGAAGAUGAGCUCUGUGAACGUGAGUGGGUCCAAACAGAUGGCGCAUCCACCACUGAGACAGAAGGAAUUCGACCAGAUAUGGAGCGACCUGGAGGAAGGCAUCGAACAAGUGUACAAGAGGGUAUAUAUGGGAAAAGAGAGAUAUAUGGGACUUUAUACUUAUGUAUACAACUACUGCACCUCCGUACAUCACCAGACGACCAGCACUUCGCGGAGCUCAACCAACGGCGGCCGAAACAGCUUCUCCGCGACUAAGAAAACGAGUGGGCAAGUUCCGGGUGGCGCUCAGCUGGUUGGCUUGGAGCUGUACAAGCGAGUAAGGGAGUUCCUUCGGAUCUAUCUCAUUACACUACUGCAGAAUGGCGCUGACCUGAUGGGCGAGAACGUCCUAGCGUUCUACACGAAGCAAUGGGAGGAGUAUCAGUUCUCUUCUCGAGUGCUCAAUGGCGUCUGCGCUUACCUCAACCGGCACUGGGUCAAGCGCGAGUGCGAGGAGGGACGCAAGGGCAUCUACGAGAUCUACCAGCUAGCAUUAGUGACAUGGCGCGACAAUUUGUUCCAACGUUUGAACAAGCAAGUGACCAACGCCGUACUGAAGCUAAUCGAGAGGGAACGCAACGGGGAGACUAUCAACACUAGACUUGUCUCUGGAGUGAUCAACUGCUAUGUAGCCCUGGGACUGAACGAGGAGGACCCGAACGCGCGCGGUCAGAACCUGGCCGUGUACAAAGACACGUUCGAGGCGGUGUUCCUCGAGGACACGGAGCGAUUCUACACCCGCGAGAGCACCGACUUCCUCAGGAAUAACCCCGUCACAGAGUACAUGAUCAAGGCGGAACAGAGGCUUCAGGAGGAACAACGACGUGUCCAGGUGUAUCUCCACGAGACCACCAUGGAGAGGCUGGCGAAGACUUGCGACAGAGUUCUCAUUGAGAAACAUCUAGAGAUUUUCCAUGCUGAGUUCCAGAAACUGCUGGACGGCGAGAAGAACGCGGACCUGGGCCGCAUGUACAGCCUCGUGGCGCGCAUCCCGGACGGACUGUGCGAGCUGCGGCGGCUGCUGGAGCACCACAUCCACGCGCAGGGGCUGCAUGCUGUCGACAAGUGCGGCGACUGCGCCUCCACGGAUCCUAAAGUAUACGUGUCGACAAUCUUGGAGGUUCACAAGAAGUAUAACGCGCUGGUGCUGGUCGCGUUCAACAACGACUCCGGCUUCGUGGCCGCUUUGGACAAAGCCUGCGGCAGAUUUAUCAACAGUAAUGCGGUGACGAAAGCCGCCAACUCUUCGAGCAAGAGUCCAGAAUUGCUCGCCAAAUACUGCGACCUAUUGCUGAAGAAGUCCAGCAAGAACCCUGAGGAGCAGGAGCUGGAGGACACGCUCAACCAAGUGAUGGUGGUGUUCAAGUACAUUGAAGACAAGGACGUGUUCCAGAAGUUCUACAGCAAGAUGCUGGCGAAGCGGCUUGUGCAGCAUAUGUCUGCCAGCGACGACGCUGAGGCUUCGAUGAUCUCAAAACUAAAGCAAGCUUGCGGAUUCGAAUACACGAGCAAACUGCAGAGGAUGUUCCAGGACAUUGGAGUGUCGAAAGAUCUGAACGAGAACUUCCGCAAGCACAUGGCCAAGAGCUGCGAACAGCCGCUACACAUCGACUUCAGCAUACAAGUGCUCUCCUCCGGCUCCUGGCCCUUCCAGCAGUGCUCCUCCUUCCAGCUGCCCACUGAGUUGGAGCGCUCGGUGCACAGAUUCACAUCGUUCUACUCGUCCCAACAUUCUGGCCGGAAGCUUAACUGGCUGUACAAUAUGAGCAAGGGAGAAUUGGUCACCAACUGCUUCAAGAACAGAUACACGUUGCAAGCGUCGACGUUCCAAAUGGCGGUGCUGCUGCAGUACAACGACAACACCGCAUGGAGCCUGGGCCAGCUCGAGCGGCACACCGGCAUCAAGGGGGACUUCCUCAAGCAGGUGCUCCAAAUCCUGCUGAAGGCGAAGUUGCUGGUGUGUCAAGAUGACGAGUCUGAUCUCACGGAGACUUCCAUAGUGGAACUCUAUUUAGCGUAUAAGAACAAAAAGCUCCGGGUCAACAUCAACAUCCCGCUGAAAACAGAACUGCGCGUGGAACAAGAGGCCACUCACAAACACAUCGAAGAGGACCGCAAGAUGCUCAUACAGGCGGCCAUAGUGAGGAUAAUGAAGACGAGGAAGACGCUGAAACACCAGCACUUGGUCGUGGAGGUUCUCAAUCAGUUGUCGUCCCGGUUCAAGCCCAGAGUGCCUGUUAUUAAGAAAUGCAUCGACAUCCUGAUCGAAAAGGAGUAUCUCGAGCGUACGGAGGGCGAGAAGGACACCUACAGCUACCUAGCGUGAUCGCGUACACUAUAUGAUAAAUAAAUACUACGAUAUUGUA